AUGGAAAGAACAAAGAAUCUGAGUUUUCCCCCGGCCAACCGUUCUAGUCAUGGUAGUAGAAUCCCCCCCACGGCAUCGGUACGUAAGGAGCGUGCAACCGCUUCCCUACGAAAGAAAGAAGAAGCACGUAAAAGGCGUGACGAGGCAACCCGUAAAAGGCGUGCAAGUAGUGCAACGACUGCUGCCAGUGUAGUACAGGAGCCUGAACCUGAACAAGUACAGGAGCCUGAACCUGAAGAUGAUGAUAUGGUUGAUGCAGAACAGGAUCAAGGUGAGGAAGAUGAUGAUGAUGACAUAUUCUUUCCUGGGGGGCCUUAUGACAAUACCUUGCUGAAGAGCUUCAAGCAACAUAUAUCAUUGGAGGUGUGGAAGCAUUACAAGAAACCUGCUAAAGUGCUUGAUAGGGGUGUCUUGAAAACCUACCACCAUGGGAAUGCUAUGCUUGGGAAUGAUAAGAAGAAGCAUAAGGAUGUGUUAAAAUGCUUUUCGACUUAUGUAAAGGGAAGGGUUGUGGCUGCUGGUCUAUUGCCUUUGUUGACAUGCAACCUUCCCUCUGUUGACAAGACCAUGCUAACAACGUUUGUGGAGAGAUGGCAGCGGGAUACAUCCUCUUUCCAUAUGCCAUUUGGGGAGAUGACCAUCACACUGGAUGAUGUUAGUUCUAUGUUACACAUUCCUGUGAAGGGCAAAUUCUUCACUCUCCCAGUCCUGACUCGUGAGGAAGCAUCCACUGUUUUGCAUAAACAGCUUGGUGUUACACAAGCAGAUGCUGAAGAGGAGAUCCGGAAGUCCUUAGGACCUUAUGCUCGUUAUACAUGGUUGUUGAAGGUGGCUGAGGACAUGGCUAAGGAAGGGAAGACCAAGCUAGAGCCUUCUUGCUGCGUUUGGUGGGCAUGA